GCCACGCUGGAGCUUGGCAGGCUGGCUGGGAGGGACUUUGCGGACACUUUAAGCAACACGUCAAACACUACAGUCAGCUGGUAGUAGCAGGAAUAACCAAAUGUUAUAAUUUAUAUUUAAUGACGCUUUUUCACGUGAGGAAGUAGUACGCGCCAAACUUUAUCUGGAAGUUUCUGACACUCGAGGCACAGGAUUUCAGGACUUGAACAUCGGACCAAUAUUGAAAUAAAUUGCGUGUCAUAAAUGCGUCUGUGAUUUCAAACAGGUAGCGCCAACAGUUUGCUUCUUUUGGACAAGAAAUAGCUUCGACGGCGUCAUAUCUGGACCGCACGGUUCCACAGGCUGGACUUGAGAGCGAGCCCAUGUGAAAUGGUUCCGACCUGCAAGACGCGCUGGGCGGACGUCACUUGACAGAUGAGCGUGAGAGAGGUCGCAUCAUGAGGGUCCUGGUUGUGCUGUGCGCCCUGGUCGCGCUGUGGGGGUCCGGCGGUGGCAACAGAAACUGUCCGGACCUGAUCUUGGAUAGCUGUCACUGUUCGGCCGAGAGGUCCAAGGAGCUGAGCAGGCAGCAGCAAGUCCGAGUCAAAGUGGUUUGUGAUGAUGUGGAUCUGCUGGAGACCUUGCAUCCAAGCUUUCUGCCCAACAGAACCAUCUCUCUAACUCUGAGUAACAACAAGAUCUCUAUGCUGAGGAACGGCUCUUUCUAUGGCUUGGCAGCUCUGGAAAAACUAGAUCUGAAAAAUAAUCUGAUAAGCAAAGUGGAGCCCUGGGCCUUCCGUAGUCUGCUGGCUUUGAGAAGACUGGAUCUGUCCAACAACAGGAUUGGUUGCCUCUCCCCUGAAAUGUUUCUGGAUUUGGGCAGUCUUUUAAAAUUAAAUUUGUCAGGAAAUAUAUUUUCAACUUUGACGGUUGGACUCUUCACACAGCUCAUUGUUCUUAGAGUACUACACUUCAGUACAGAGACUUUGUUCUGUGACUGUCAACUGAAGUGGCUUCUCCUCUGGGCGCAAAGCAACUCGGUGAGGAUUGGCAACGACACAAUGUGCAUGUUUCCAACACACCUCCAUGGGCUCGAGUUCCGAAAUCUACGUGAACAUCAGCUCACUUGCGAUGGAGCUCUGGAGAUGCCCCUUUUUCAGUUGAUUCCUUCCCAGAGGCAGCUGGUUUUCCAGGGAGACCGUCUUCCUCUUCAGUGCACUGCCACUUACCUGGACCCUUCGAUUGAGCUGCAGUGGCACCACAAUGGCCAUAUUGUGACCACGCAAGAGGACCGCGGCGUAUAUGUGGAGGAAACCUUGCUUCACGACUGUUGUCUCCUCACCAGUGAGGUCAUCCUCGCCAACAUAGAUGUGGGCCUUGCUGGUACGUGGGAGUGCCUGAUCACUAGUUCCCGUGGUAACAGGUCCCAGCAGAUGGACAUUGUUGUUCUGGAGACAUCUGCGCCAUACUGUCCUGCUGAUCGCGUCAUCAACAACAAAGGGGAGUUCAGGUGGCCAAAGACUCUUGCAGGCAUCCUGGCCUUCCUACCUUGUGCUCCUGCCACCUUUGGCUCAGCUUCCCAUCCCUCAGGCACUGCUCCUCGUUUCUCGAGCCAUCGGGUGAAGAAGGCUUGGCGGCGCUGUAACCGCACUGGACGGUGGGAUGCUGAGGACUACACUCAGUGUCCUUAUGCCAGUGAACUCACUCGCGUUCUCCAUGAGCUCACCCAGAUAACCAUCAACAGCACAAAUGCCCAACCUUUGGGACAGCAGUUGGUGGCCUUCACCAGCAGAGCAGCUCACUUCUCUGACGUCAUGGAUGUCAUCUUUGUAACACACCUUGUGGAGAGACUGACCAGGCUGGUGGAGAAGCGCAAGGAGCUGGGGGACUAUAUUUCAGAUAUAGCCAGCAACAUGAUGCUGGUAGAGGAGCAUAUCCUGUGGAUGGCUCAGAAUGAAGCGCGGGCGUGCACUCGCAUCGUUCAGUGUGUUGAGCGAAUUGGUGACCUGGCACUGAGUAGGGACAAUCGUGCUAUUUCCAAGGUGUCUGCAAACAUCGCUCUGGAAGCCUUUCUGAUCCGACCUUCCAACUUUCUCGGUCUGUCGUGCACAGCGCUCCAAGAGCCUCCAUUGUCAGCCCUACUGGAUAGCCAUACCCUGAAGGAAAAGGAUACGAGCAGGGGACAUGACACCAUGGGCGAAUCGUUCCUCAACUUCAAAUGUGACACUCUCAAUCGUGGAUCACCAGCCAGUCAGCUUACCAAGAACUCCGUGGCAGUGGCGUCCAUCCAUUUACCUCCUGCAGCCCCGCACGCUUCCUCCUCAUCCUCCUCAUCCUCCUCCUCCUCCGACGUGCAAUCUGUUGAUAACUCCACUUGCAGGCUGCAGUUCAUCGUCUUCCGCAAUGGCAAACUCUUCCCGUGCACUGGGAAUUCCUCCAAUCUGGCCGACGACGGCAAGCGCAGGAGCGUCGCGACACCAGUUGCUUUCACCAAAUUAGAUGGCUGCAGCCUGGGGAGCGUUGUGCACUCCGUCACUAUUGCACUCCGGCACUUUGCGUUGGGGGUAGAACCCACCGCAGCCUAUUGGGACUUUGACCUGCUGGAUGGACAUGGCGGCUGGAGGGCGGAGGGCUGCCACAUAACAGGCUCCGGGGGCAACACGACCACCAUUCACUGCAGCCAUCUCAACAACUUCGCCGUGCUCAUGGAUCUGAAGAAGGUGCUGUCUUUCCCCCCAUACCCUGGGGAGUUUUUGCACCCGGUCGUGUAUGCCUGCACGGCAGUCAUGUUGCUCUGCCUCUUUGCUUCCAUCAUCACCUAUAUAGUGCAUCACAGCGCAAUCCGCAUCAGUCGGAAGGGAUGGCAUAUACUUCUCAACUUCUGUUUCCAUACAGCUUUGACCUUCGCUGUGUUUGCUGGCGGCAUCAAUCGAAUCAAAUACCCCAUCAUCUGUCAAGCAGUCGGGGUUGUGCUGCACUACUCGUCUCUGGCGACCAUGCUGUGGCUGGGGGUGACAGCAAGGAACAUUUAUAAGCAGGUGGUUAAGAAGCCACCACAGAGCCAAGAUGGUGACCCACCUCGGCCCCCUAAACAGCCAUUGUUAAGAUUUUAUUUAGUUAGUGGUGGAGUUCCCCUCAUCAUCUGUGGGGUCACAGCAGCCGUCAAUAUAGACAACUAUGGCAGCGGGGAGCAAGCGCUAUACUGUUGGAUGGCAUGGGAGCCCAGCCUGGGAGCUUUCUUCGGUCCGGUGGCGCUCAUCGUCCUGGUGACAUGCAUUUACUUCCUCUGUACCUUUAUACAGCUGCGGCGCCACCCUGAAAAGAAGUAUGAGCUCAAACAGCUGACAGAAGAGCAGCAGAGGUUGGCCUCCAUCGACGUGCCAACUCACUGCCAGCAAGCCGCCGAGCCUGGCACCUUGACAGCUCAACCUGCUGGGAGCCACUGCCCCGCCGGCUGCCCGGGUGUACCCAUUAAUCCCGCACUGUUGGCCAAUGAGCACUCCUUCAAGGCCCAAUUACGCACGGCAGCCUUCACUCUUUUCUUGUUCUUGGCCACCUGGACUUUUGGGGCGCUGGCUGUUUCCCAGGGUCACUUCCUGGACAUGAUCUUCAGUUGCCUUUAUGGUGCCUUUUCCGUCACCCUUGGCCUCUUCAUCCUCAUCCAUCACUGUGCCAAGCGGGACGACGUCUGGCACUGCUGGUGUUCUUGUUGUCCGGGACGGCGGGCCAACGCCUGCCCCGGUGGCCACGGACAGGGCAAGCUUCCGCCCAAAGUCAACGUGAAUGGAGAUACACCCGCGCAUGGCUACGGUCACAGCCACUGCCACCAUGACUCUCCUUGUGAAGCCGUGAUGAGCUGCAGUGUAAGUCACUGCAAACACGCUGCCCUUGGAUCCUCACAAAAUCACGUAACAUGCCUGGCCCCCGUGACGCCGUGUUGCGCUGCCCUGCACAGCCAGCAGCUGAUGGAGGAGGAACCUACAGCUACGCAUGUGCUGCUGCAUGCCGAUCCUGAGGGUUACCGACCAGGCAUACAGUUGCAGCCUUGCUUGAAGACCAGCACCAGGACUAAAGGCCGCCAAUUCAGCCGCCGGUCUGCCACUAGCGUUUGUGGCGCGGCGAGUGAGCGGGAAUACGCCUAUCAUAUCCCUUCCAAUGUGGAUGGAGGCAGCGUGCACAGCUCACACACUGACAGUCCUCACAGCAGCCACGAGCGUCACACCCGCACAUGUCCACAUCUUGUCCACGAGGGCCUCCACGAAGGACAUCACACAUGCCACGCGGCGGCAGCAACUGCCCACGAGGCCCUUGCGUGUCAUAAUCCCUGCCACCGGCACGUGUGCUGCGCCAAGGCGGACCUUUUCCCUUCCCUGUGCCCAGCAGAGGCAGCCGACGCAGGCGUGUUCCUGUGCGGUUGCAGCAAAGCGGCAGAGGAGGAGCCGAUCCCCCAUCACCAUAUGGAAAUGCACGGCCCACGCAGACAAUCCUACGCCCAGAACCCACCCAAUCAGAAUGGAAUUCUAAAGGGCGGCGUGAACGAGGGACUACUUUACGCCUCAGACAGCACAGGAAAUAUACGCACUGGACCCUGGAAGAAUGAAACUACUGUGUAGUGCGGGGUGGUAUUGGGGCGCUUCACUUCAUUUGAUUCGCCUCCCUUUUAAGAACUAAAGACUAAUACAAACAUCUCAAUCAACGUGAUAUUUGUUAGUGCUGUUUUACUGGACACAAAUUUCACAUCAUAUAAAACAUCCAUACACAAAACAACCAUUUCCACUCACAUAAAUAUUUGAAAAGAUACAGUGGGGCAAAAAAGAAUUUAGUCAACCACCGAUUGUGCAAGUUCUCCGAUUUAAAAUGAUGACA